AUGGCUUUCUUCACUCCGUGGAAGCUGUCCUCUCAGAAGCUGGGCUUCUUCCUCGUGACUUUUGGCUUUAUUUGGGGUAUGAUGCUCUUGCAUUUUACCAUCCAGCAGCGAACUCAGCCCGAGAGCAGCUCCAUGCUCCGGGAGCAGAUCCUGGACCUCAGCAAGAGGUACAUAAAGGCGCUGGCUGAAGAAAAUAGGAACGUGGUGGAUGGACCCUAUGCGGGGGUCAUGACAGCCUACGAUCUGAAGAAGACUCUUGCUGUCUUGCUGGAUAACAUUCUGCAGCGCAUUGGCAAGUUGGAGUCAAAGGUGGACAACCUCGUAAGCAACGGCACAGGGACAAACUUGACCAACUCCACCACACCUGUUCCCAGCUUACUUGAGAAAAUUAAUGUGGCAGAUAUCAUUAAUGGAGCUCAAGAAAAAUGCGUAUUGCCUCCUAUGGAUGGCUACCCCCAUUGCGAGGGGAAAAUCAAGUGGAUGAAGAAUAUGUGGCGCUCAGAUCCCUGCUACGCAGAAUACGGAGUGGAUGGGUCCACCUGCUCCUUUUUUAUUUACCUCAGUGAGCCCCCCUACCACUACCAGAAGGGAAGGGAGGAUGUAGCUGAGAUGAGAGAAGAGGGAACUUCUGUGGACGUUGAAAAUUGGUGUCCCCAUUUACCUUGGAGAGCGAAAAAUCCCUAUGAAGAAGCUGAUCGUAAUUCAUUGGCAGAAAUUCGUACAGAUGUUAAUAUUCUCUACAGUAUGAUGAAAAAGCAUGAAGAAUUCCGAUGGAUGAGACUGCGGAUCCGGCGAAUGGCUGAUGCGUGGAUCCAAGCAAUCAAGUCUUUGGCAAUGAAGCAGAAUCUUGAGAAGAGAAAGCGGAAGAAAGUCCUUGUUCACCUGGGCCUCCUGACUAAGGAAUCUGGAUUUAAGAUUGCAGAGACAGCUUUCAGUGGUGGCCCUCUUGGUGAAUUAGUUCAGUGGAGUGAUUUAAUUACAUCUCUGUACUUACUGGGCCAUGACAUUAGGAUUUCAGCUUCACUGGCAGAGCUCAAGGAAAUAAUGAAGAAGGUUGUUGGAAACCGAUCUGGCUGCCCAACUGUAGGAGAUCGAAUCGUUGAGCUCAUUUAUAUUGAUAUUGUAGGACUCGCUCAAUUCAAGAAAACCCUUGGACCAUCCUGGGUUCAUUACCAGUGCAUGCUCCGAAUUCUGGACUCGUUUGGCACAGAGCCAGAGUUCAACCAUGCCAGCUAUGCCCAGUUGAAAGGCCACAAGACGCCCUGGGGCAAGUGGAAUCUGAACCCACAGCAGUUUUACACCAUGUUCCCUCACACUCCAGACAACAGCUUCCUGGGCUUUGUGGUCGAGCAGCACUUGAACUCCAGCGACAUCCACCACAUCAACGAAAUCAAGAGGCAGAACCAGUCACUCGUGUACGGCAAAGUGGACAGCUUCUGGAAAAAUAAGAAGGUCUACUUGGACAUCAUCCACACAUACACGGAAGUACACGCGACUGUUUACGGUUCCAGCACGAAGAACAUUCCCAGUUACGUGAAAAACCACGGGAUCCUCAGCGGACGAGACUUGCAGUUUCUUCUCCGAGAAACCAAGCUGUUUGUUGGGCUUGGGUUCCCGUACGAGGGCCCAGCUCCCCUGGAGGCCAUUGCGAAUGGAUGUGCUUUUCUGAAUCCCAAGUUCAACCCACCCAAAAGCAGCAAAAACACGGACUUUUUCAUUGGCAAGCCAACUCUGAGAGAGCUGACGUCGCAGCAUCCUUACGCUGAAGUUUUCAUUGGCCGGCCACACGUUUGGACCGUUGACCUUGGCAAUCAGGAGGAGGUCGAGGAUGCCGUGAAAGCGAUUUUAAGUCAGAAGAUUGAGCCAUACAUGCCGUAUGAAUUCACAUGCGAGGGGAUGCUACAGAGAAUCAAUGCUUUCAUCGAAAAACAGGACUUCUGCCACGGGCAAGUGAUGUGGCCGCCCCUGAGUGCCCUACAGGUAAAAUUUGCUGAGCCCGGGCAGUCCUGCAAGCAGGUGUGUCAGGAGAACCAGCUCAUCUGUGAGCCGUCCUUCUUCCAGCAUCUCAACAAGGACAAGGACCUGCUGAAGUAUGAGGUGAACUGCCAAAGCUCAGAGCUGGCCAAGGACAUCGUGGCACCCUCCUUCGACCCCAAGAACAAGCACUGUGUGUUUCAAGGCGACCUCCUGCUGUUCAGCUGUGCUGGUGCCCACGCCCACCACCGGAGGAUCUGCCCCUGCCGGGACUUCAUCAAGGGCCAGGUGGCUCUCUGUAAAGACUGUCUAUAG